AAUUUUUCCAAUACAAAAUGUUCGAUACUUAGCCAUCUGGUAUUCCGGUUUUUAACGGUGUUAUUCCAAAUCGAUUGUCACUUAAGUCAAAGAUAUGAGUACUCCAAAAGAAAGUAUCCGAUUAGAUCCGAAAACAGCGGCAGUUUUUCGUAAAAAAGGUUAUUCCGUUGAUAAAAAAUUGAAUGAAGGUGCCUUUGGUCAAGUGUACAAAGGUAGUAAUACAAAAACGGGUGAAUUAGUUGCCGUCAAAGUGAUGGAUUUGGAUAAGGUGGGCGAUAAAUUCAAACAAAAAUUUUUACCUCGUGAAUUGGCUGCUUUGAUCGGUAUCAAACAUGAAAGUGUCAUUUGUAUACACGAUAUAAUCAGGGCGAAUCACAAGAUUUAUAUUUUCAUGGAAUUCGCAAAUGGUGGUGACAUUACUGGUUAUUUGCACAAAAAUGGAUCAAUUUCCGAACCAUUAGCCUGUUAUUGGUUCACUCAAGUAUCGAAUGCUUUGAGUUAUAUUCAUGAUGAAUUAAAAAUUGCACAUCGUGAUAUCAAAAUCGAUAACAUUCUUUUACAUGAUAAUAUGGCCAAAUUAACUGAUUUUGGUUUUGCAAAAGAAAGUUAUGAUUGCCAUACGGAUACGAUUAUAAUGUCUGAAACGUUUUGUGGUACAGAACCAUAUUAUAGUCCACAGAUUGUGGCCAGAAAACCGUACAAUGCAUUCGCAGCUGAUGUUUGGGCCAUGGGUGUUACAUUGUUCUGUAUGCUUAACAAUAAAUUUCCAUUCCAUUUUGGUGAUUCGAAAAAAAUGCUAAUCGAACAAACGGAUAGAGAUUUCAUAAAAACUCGUUAUGUUAAACGUUUUCCAUCGGAUUUAAGAAAUUUUCAGGAAAAAUUUUUUGUCGUCGAUGAAACAAUUCGUUGGCAAAUUAGUGAAGUAUUUCAACAUCCUUGGAUAUUACGAAAAGGAAGAUAGAAAAAAAAUCAGUAAGCAUCAAACAGAAACAAUCGA